AUGUUGGAACUUCAUGUUUGGGGUCUGGAGGGGGAAAUUUCGAUCAUUGAUCCCGAAAGUUUGGCGUGUGCAUGGCUUCUCAGCAUCCACUUGGUGCCUCAACUGAUAAAUUUCAAAAUCGUUACUUCUAGCAACACAAACUUGUCUCAUUCAGGAAGACUACCGUUGUUGUUAGAAAGACAGGACAGGAUUAGAAGAUUCGAGGGUUUCAGUGCUAUUUCUGACCACAUCUCUACCAAUUAUGCAAGUGAUAAUACGAAGUUUGUUCGGGAUGAGAAGCUUUCAGCUCGAGAACAAUUGAUUAAUCUCAGUUUGAUCUCGUAUGUUGACUCGACAAUCAGAUAUAUUAACCAGUACAAUCUUUAUGUGAACACACAAAACUAUGAGCUCUAUACGCGCAAGCUCUUCCUGAAGUACUUACCCUUUCCUAUGAUGUAUAACCAGCCGUUGAAAUUUCACAAUACCGCGUGUGAACAGGUCAAGCUUAUAGGACUUGGUGUAAAUAAAAUUGGCAUGUUCUCCAUCCAUGGUGGCGAGGUGGCAGAAACAGAGACGAUUAAUGAAGACGAAGAGGAUGAACUGGUGGCUAUUAGUGCUCUCCAUGAGAAGCAAAUAAUUGCGAAGCAGAAGAGUAAGAAUGCUCUAAAGGAGACUAGAAAUUCGUUGAAGUGUUUGCAUUUGCUCAACACGUACGUUGCAAAGGUAGAGCUGCUCUUCAAGGAGUUGAAUCCCGAUUCGCCAGUGGAAUUUGCUCAUCUUUUCAGAUCGAAGAAGAUAUCAUCCUCUGAACUCUUGCUUUAUGCAUAUUUCUGUUGUCUUACGUAUUCUGAGCUUCCUGACACCUUCAUUUUGAAGUACUUGGAGGACAAAUUUCCCGCUUUCUGGAAGUUUGCCUCGACAAUUAUUGAGGCAUUAAACAGCGGUGUUGUCAAGGAGAAAUUCAGAGCUCCUGCUGGAGUUGAAGUUCCCAGUUUGUGGAACGAAAUCGGCUAUACUGUGGGUGCGUUUCUGUACUAG